AUGAACGCCACGCUUACACCCAAUUCUUCGCCCAAAGUCAGGCGGAAAGGCUCAGCCAGACGACCUAGAGCACCCUCGUUUCUUCCCCCAUUCACCCCAGAAGCUCACGAUGCUGCCUUGUACUCGAUUCGAAACUACCUCAAGGGGCGCAAUUCGUACGACUCAUUCCCAGUUAGUUUCAGACUGAUCGUGCUCGACUCCAAGCUGGAGGUCAGGAAGGCUCUCCAAUGUCUUCUGUCAAAUGGCGUCGUCUCCGCACCUCUCUGGAACAGUGAACAAUCGUGUUUCAUAGGAAUGUUCACCGUCUCGGACAUCAUUCAUCUCAUCCAGUACUACUAUCGUUUCUCCUCGUACGAUAAUGCGGCUCAAGAUGUCGAGACUUUCCGGCUGGAGUCAUUGCGAGAUAUCGAGAGGAGCUUGGGUGUAGCCACUCCACCUAUGCUACGCGAACAUCCCUCGUCUCCGUUGUACGACGCGGCGAAGCUACUGGUUCAGACUCAUGCCCGCCGAGUGCCACUGCUCGACAAUGACGCGGAGACCGGGCACGAGGUCAUAGUGUCUAUACUCACACAAUAUCGUCUACUCAAAUUCAUCUCGAUCAAUUGCCCAAAAGAUAUCCAACAACUGCAUCUUCCCCUGCGGAAGCUGAACAUUGGUACUUACGUGUCAGAUUUGCCACUUUCAAACGGCGACGCCACAGAAGGCUACAAUCGUUUCCACCCCAUCGCUACCGCGACCAUGUCGACCCCUGUAUUUGACGUUGUCCACAUGUUUUCGGAACGUGGUAUAUCCGCGGUACCAAUCGUGGACGAGGAAGGUAUAGUAGUCAAUUUGUACGAAACCGUCGAUGUCAUCACUCUUGUCCGACUUGGUGCAUACCAAUCAUUGGAUCUUACAAUAGCGGAAGCCUUGAAUCAACGGUCCCCUGACUUUCCUGGAGUCGUGAUUUGCACAGCAUCAGAUUCUCUUGGGACCUUGAUGCAGCUUAUCAAGAAGCGGAGAGUGCAUCGACUCGUCGUCGUAGAGGGCGAAGAGGAAGAGCGGAAAGGCGGUAAAAAGGGCCGCUUGUUGGGUAUCAUCACUCUCAGCGAUGUCCUUCGAUAUUUAAUUGGGGAACCUGCAAUCGCCCCAGUGGUUGAGGAUUUGAAGGCUGAACCCUCUAUAUCAGAAGGCGAGAGGUCAAUGUUACAAGACGAAUCACCAGCAUCGGUAGAAUGA